CGCGACCACUUCCACCACCUCCUCCACUCCCCUCCCGCUCCAACUCCUUCCCUAACGUAGGCGUCUCUGCGCUCGGCGCCCUCACCGCCUCUCCCUCCGCCUCUGCUCCACCUCCCCAGCCGCCCACAACCACGCGUCCUCGCCUCCCCGACCAGCCUCCACCGUGACAUGGUUGCCGCCUCCUCUCACCUCCUCAUCUCCCACUCCUCCUAGCGCAACCGACGGUGACAGGGAUGAGGUUGGGUGCGGUGUGGUGCCGCUCGAUGCGCUCUGCUCCUCGCCCACGCUCGCGCAACGCAGGACCUUCCCCAACCGCGACGACAGAUCCUCAUCCACACACCCGCGGGCGCCUCCACCUCCCUGGGUUCCCCUCUGCUCCUCGUGCCCCGCAGUAGAGCAGCCACAUAAUUAGGGUUCUUCAGUCUGAUUGACAAAAUGUCCACCUAGGGCUUUUCUCAAUCUCAAAUGCUGCGGAGGCAGGGAAAUUUGUUGGCUUCCGUUGUGUUUUUUUGCUGUGAAAUUACGGCCGACUGCGCGAGACCGCGAGUGACCGCCGGUCGAGCCCCGAGUGGUUCUCCUGCAGGCCUUCCCUCGUCUGGUCGAAUCAUAAAAUGCUUACAUAUGAUGACCUACUUCUUAUUACAGUUUAAUUUACAAACGUAGGGUUAGGUCAAGAUUUUUCUCCAUUUGCUUCUUGGACUCAUCUGAACUUGCUGUGAAGCUUCCUGGCCAUACUAACCCUCCAGGUUCUUCAACUGCAAAAGGCAUCCAGCCACUCAUUCGGCCUCCGUCGAAUCUUGCUACGGGAACCGCAGCUCUUUCACCAUGACCCUUCAGAAUCGUGGAGUGCGAGUUCACUCUCGAAGGAUGGAGAAAGGAAGCGGAUGGAGGAAGGCCCAUCAUCAUCUGAAGUCUUAGUUGCAGGAGAAAGUCCUAUGUGGAGUGCCCACUGGUUUCACCUCUUGAGGCUUGACUUCUUCACUUUUUGGCGCAUCAAGACCCAACUUCAGCCACGGUACUGUGGUACUCUCAUCAGCUAGACCAGCUUGGUUAACUUGGUCUGCUGACUUCUGCUCUUCCACCCCAGAAGCAGGGGUCUUCGGGCAGCAAUAAUUCAGCAGAAAAGGCGAGCCAUCGGUACUUUGAAGUGGACCAGAGGAUAUGCUAGCUUCAGUAGUGGCAAACAUGUUGGUCCUUGUUAUUCUUCGAGAUGAUAUACCUGUCAUCAGUACUCAGUAGUGACCGGCUUCAACAAACUUCAGUUUCCUGUCCAGCUCACUCCCUAUCAGGUUAGCACCUGCUCUAGAUAGCAGCGUUAUACAUUUCUAUCAGGUACAGUCCUGAAACCUCAUGCAGGUGUUGUGCGCCUAUCAUCCGGGGAGCUACUGCUCACAAUUAUAAUUUGUCUUUGUCGAGGUAAGUCUUUACUACUCCUUAAGACCCUAACGUAGGCGUCCACACUCAUGCUUAAGUCGUGCAAUUAUGAAUUAGUAAGCAUAUUUAAUACUAGAAUAGUUACUCUAGCCCUGUUCAAAAACCUGAGACUUAAAUCACAAUGCAGUGAGUUAUAUUCAACUUAUUGCUCGACCUGCCAUCCUAUCGCUUUGCAAAUUCGUGAGCGACCCGUCGUUGCAAUCCAAAUGUCGCCAUGUUCCUUCCAGGAUAACAUGACGUGCUCCACCUCGUAGACGGACCUGUGCCACUACUCAUCGUCAGCACGCCAUGACAGCCGCAGCAACAAGGUCACCUCCUCUCGGAACGGUGGCCGGUUCCUCGCCUCCCGCCACAGGAAAAUAUCACUCUCAGAUUUCUUCAUCUAUGGGUCGGCGCAAUCCAAGAGUGACACACACCAGCAAUGAAUGGCUCUGGUAUUGACCAAGAUGAGAACAUGGAACAUUGAGACGUAUGUCAACCCAAUGAAUUGGAUAUUGAAGAAUGGCUGGAUAUAGAUGAACCAGCUGAUAUUUAUGUUCUUAGCUGUUUACGUGCAUCUGUUCGAUCUAUGGCUUCUCGGCGCUCUCCCAGGGAAGAAUGUGCGCCUUCAAAGGAAGGUGAACUUAAGAGUAAAAGCAGCUAAUGAGUUAUAGUUUAACAAGGAUGGCUCAGCUAUCAAGAAGCUCCAGACUGGAGUCAAUAAGCUUGUUACUGCUACUUCCUAACUGGUGCAUAGAUAAUUUAACGCCGCUUGUGCGGCAAUCUCCAUCUAUAUGUGACCUGCAAAAGAUAAAUCCUUAAAUAGUAGGUCAAUUGCGAAGCUUUGUUAGUGAUGAUCCGAUGAUCAAGAACCGAAGCACCUUCAAGAUUGGAACUGCAGAGUGGUCGGGUUCUCAGAUGUAAGCUGCACAACAUUAAGCUAUCUCCCCAUCGAUAUUGCACACUUUAACUUGUUACCAUAUUUAGUUCUUUUGUAUGCCUUUAUAGUGGCUUGUUAAUUUACACUGCUGGUUCCUGCAACCUUUUACAAAUUGGUAAAAAUGAAAAUUGAGAGAGGAAAAUUUGUGCUGAAGCUUUAUUCGUCCUUUGGUUAAGUGAUUACUGAAUGAAAACAAAUUUAAAAAUAGUAAUAAGGUUUUUGUUCUAUCAAACACAAUCAAGAUUUGUUAGCUUGCUUGCUGCUGCUUAGAUCAAUAUUGGUUUCUCACAUCAACUAUGCUAAUGUUGAGGUGAUAAUCAGUCUUUCACUAGCAUAAUGAUGUAUAUGCAGACUAAUUUUUGUCUCCGUUGCAUGGCAUUUGUGUUGUUGUAUACUGCUCAAGUACUGCUUAUGAGAUUGCUUGAACUUUAUCCUAGAGCCUCAAGAGUUGUCGUUGGCCAAAGCUACAUCUAUCUUUCUUUCAGUGUUUUGCUGGAACUGAUAACGUUUCGAGUCUGCAGAAGAAUGAAUCAUAGAAAGUUAAUGUGUGCAUCCAUGGUUGUGGUCUUGACACGGCGGAGCGGACCUCGCUCGGGAAGCUGCUGCAGCCGGUAGACUAUUGAUUGGAACUUUUAGGUCAAUCCCUGUUUUGUUCCCAUGCUUGAAAUUGAUGGUCUUCAUUUUGUUGGUUGUGACAAAAGUCAAAACCGGAUGGAGAUCCCUUCUAUUUAGGUGUUUAGUUGUGGAGCAGAUUGCGGGUUUUGAAUUUCUUUUCCAAAUGUCGUCUUCACGCCCACCGCGGAGGGGUGGUGACCGAAGAGAUAGUGGCAAAGGCGUCCCUUGUGGGCUCUGCUCCUAUCUCGCGGAUUGGGCUGACAUGUUACUAAGGAUGUAUGUAAGAUGGGGAGAGAAGCAGCGUUAUAAGACACGAGUAGUUGAGAAAUCACCUGGUGAACAGGCCGGUAUAAAAUCAGCAACUGUUGAACUAGAGGGGAGAUAUGCUUAUGGCUAUCUCUCUGGCGAGAAAGGGACACACAGGAUUGUUCGUCAAUCACCAUUUAAUGCUAAAGGGCUUCGGCAGACAAGCUUUGCUGGUGUUGAGGUUAUGCCUCUUCUACCAGAGGAAUCCAUGGCUGUGGACAUACCUGAAGAGGACCUGGAGAUAAGCUUCACAAGAGCUGGAGGUAAAGGAGGCCAGAACGUGAACAAGGUGGAAACGGCUGUUCGCAUGGUUCAUAUUCCAACUGGAAUUGCAGUUCGCUGCUCAGAGGAGAGGAGCCAGCUGGCCAACAAAAUAAAGGCCCUCAGCCGGCUCAAAGCGAAGCUGCUGGUGAUCGCCCUGGAGCAGCGUGCAUCAGAAAUCAAGCAGAUCCGUGGAGACAUUGUGAAGGCAGAGUGGGGGCAGCAGAUACGCAACUACGUCUUCCACCCCUACAAGCUCGUCAAGGAUGUCAGGACAGGGUGUGAGACGUCGGACAUCACUGGCGUAAUGGAUGGAGAGCUAGAUCCCUUUAUCAGAGCAUACCUUAAGUACAAGCUAACUGCGGCAGCUACCAGCUGAUUUUUGUUGAGGAGCAUAGCGAUGAGUGAUACCUACAUCCAUUGUAUUAUGUUGUAGUAUGAGGUUUUCAUCUCUCUCUUGAUUUAGUAUAAUUUCAUAGCACUAGCAAUCUAGCAUUGUAUUUAUUGAUCUA